GCUAAUGUCCCAAAAUCUGGAGAAGAGCCAGGCCUACCCCCGCCGACGCCCUGGGCCUCACCCAGGCCUUGAGAGUCCCGAGGCCGCCUCAGCCACAGCCAUGUACACCUUCCUGCCUGACAACAUCUCAUCCGUGAAGCCCAAAGCGUCCAAGGAGGUGAGGCCGCUGCUGGGCUCGGUGGUGCUGGGGCUGCUGCUGGUGCUGGCAGCGGUGGUGGCCUGGUGCUACUACAGCGCCUCCCUGCGCAAGGCCGAGCGUCUGCGCCUGGAGCAGCUGGACCUGAAACUCGGAGGCUUCUCCAUCCGCAACCAGAAGGGAGAGCAGGUCUUCCGCAUGGCCUUCCGCUCGGGGGCGCUGGACCUCGACUCCUGCAGCCGCGACGGCGCCCUGCUGGGCUGCUCCCGCAGGGCGGAUGGGCGGCCGCUGCACUUCUUCAUCCAGACGGUGCGGCCCAAGGACACCGUCAUGUGCUACCGCGUGCGCUGGGAGGAGGCGGAGCCGGGGCUGGCCGUGGAGCACGCCAUGUUCCUGGGAGACGACGGGGAGGCGCACUGGUACGGCGGCGCGGAGAUGAGGACCCAGCACUGGCCCAUCCGGCUGGAGGGCCAGCAGGAGCCGCAGCCCUUCGUCACCAGCGACGUGUACUCCUCCGACGCGGCAUUCGGCGGCAUCCUCGAGCGCUACUGGUUGUCGUCGCGCGCGGCGGCCAUCAAGGUCAACGGCUCGGUGCCCUUCCACCUGGGCUGGAACGGCACGGAGCGCUCGCUGCGGCUGCAGGCCCGCUACCGCCGCACGCCCUACAAGCCGCCCGCCGGCCUGCCCGCGGCCCCCGAGCUCAGCUACCGCGUGUGCGUGGGCUCCGACAUCACCUCCAUCCACAAGUACAUGGUGCGGCGCUACUUCAACAAGCCAUCGAGGGUGCCGGCGCCCGAGACCUUCCGCGACCCCAUCUGGUCCACGUGGGUGCUGUUCGGGCGCGAGGUGGACCAGGACAAAGUGCAGCGCUUCGCGCGGCAGAUCCGGCAGCACGGCUUCAACAGCAGCCACCUGGAGAUCGACGACACGUACACGCCCGCCUACGGCGACUUCCGCUUCGACGAGGCCAAGUUCCCCAACGCCAGCGACAUGUUCCGCCGCCUGCGCGGCGCCGGCUUCCAGGUCACGCUGUGGGUGCACCCAUUCGUCAACUACAACGCGUCGUCGUUCGGCGAGGGCGUGGAGCGGGAGCUGUUCGUGCGCGAGCCCUCGGGCCGGCUGCCGGCGCUGGUGCGCUGGUGGAACGGCAUCGGCGCCGUGCUCGACUUCACGCGCCCGGAGGCGCGAGACUGGUUCCAGGGCCACCUGCGGCGCCUGCGCGCGCAAUACGGCGUCGCCUCCUUCAAGUUCGACGCGGGCGAGGUGAGCUACCUCCCGCGAGACUUCAGCACCUACCGGCCGCUGCCGGACCCCAACCUGUGGAGCCGGCGCUACACGGAGAUGGCGCUGCCCUUCUUCUCGCUGGCCGAGGUGCGCGUCGGCUACCAGUCCCAGAACAUCUCGUGCUUCUUCCGCCUGGUGGACCGCGACUCGGUGUGGGGCUACGACCUGGGGCUGCGCUCGCUCAUCCCCGCCGUGCUCACCGUCAGCAUGCUGGGCUACCCGUUCAUCCUGCCGGACAUGGUGGGCGGCAACGUGGUGCCGGAGCGCACGGCGGGCGGCGGCCGGGUGCCGGAGCGCGAGCUGUACGUGCGCUGGCUGGAGGUGGCCGCCUUCAUGCCCGCCAUGCAGUUCUCGGUGCCCCCCUGGCAGUACGAUGCUGAGGUGGUGGCCAUCGCGCACAAGUUCACCGCCCUGAGGGCCUCGCUCGUGGCGCCGCUGCUGCUGGAGCUGGCCGGCGAGGUCACGGACACGGGCGACCCCAUCGUGCGCCCCCUCUGGUGGAUCGCGCCGGCCGACGAGACGGCGCACCGCAUUGACUCGCAGUUCCUCAUCGGGGACACGCUGCUGGUGGCGCCGGUCCUGGAGCCCGGCAAGCAGGAGCGCGACGUCUACCUGCCCGCGGGCAAGUGGCGCAGCUACAAGGGUGAGCUUUUCGACAAGACCCCGGUGCUGCUCACCGAUUACCCCGUCGACCUGGAUGAGAUCGCUUACUUCAUCUGGGUAUCCUGAGCCAGCCCCAGAGCCCCGGGGACCCCACAGCUCUCACCGGUCUUUAUGCAGGUUGUUUACCCUCCAUCAUAGCCACCCCGUGUAUCAUCCCCAGGAAAGUCCCCACCUCUGUGCCACCCACUCCCUGGGUGCUAAUGUAAAUAUGCUCCACCCGCUCCUGCAGGGCCAGAGGAGGGGCACGGAAGCAACCUCCCACCCCUACGCACGGUCCUGACAACCCUCUUUCCUCCACUCACCCUUGUCUACAGAAACCUCUGCUCACCCUUGUCUACGGAAACCUUUCUCUGGGGUGGGGGUGUGUGAGCUCCGAGGGAAAAGGUCAGUUCCUGUUACACAUGGUUGGAUUUUAAAAGCACAAAAAAAAAACCUCACUUUCCACUCUGGCCUGAGUGGCCAUCUUAUCCCUCUGAAGUGGGGACUUGAUCCUCUUUCAGGUCCCAAAAUAGCCCCCCUGCCACACUGAGAAAGGAGUUGGAAGCCAGGUCCUGAGUUCUCAGCCCUGGCCUGAACUGUGACUGACCUGGUCCCACUCCAGCUGCUGAGAAGAGAUGGGGUUGGUUGGCCAACUGGAAGACUUGAUUCAGCACAACGCUAUCUUUGUCCCUUAUGUGUGAAGAGACUCCUAACGCUGCACUAACCGAUCUGUGUGCACACAUGCACCCAGCCUUGUGCACAUAUAUGUGCUCAGCACAAAGACUUGCAAGACCACGAAGGCUAGACUUGGUGCCUUACCCCAUGACCCUGUGUGCCUGUGUGUGUGUGCCUGUGUGUGUGUGCCUGUGUGUGUGUGCCUGUGUGUGUGCGUGUAUGUGUGUAUGUGUGUGUAUACGUAUGAGAGAGAGAGGCAUCAUGUGUCAUCCCUGGAUCUACAGAAGGAACAAACACAACAUCGCUGAGACUAGGUAACCCCUGGAGGUAGGGGGCAGGGAGCAAAUUUGAGGCUUUGAAUGUUGAGUUGGCCUCUUCCCAGGCAAUGUCCCUGAAACUCUGGUAGGAAAUAAACAGCCCCUUCAAGAUUGCUCAGCUGCCUCACUCCCUGCACAGGUGGCAGGGCCGUGGCCUAAAAGGAAGCCAUAGUCCUCCUCUGCUGGCGGUGUGCUUCACUCAGCACAUGUACACCUGCACAUCUGCCUGCAAAUACACAUACAGGGUAAGGUCUUUCAUUUCAGCCAUUUUUCCGUCCUAAGAAGAUCAAUCUCAGCCAGAGCAUUGUUUUUCUUUCUGACUUUUCAGCUAAGUCUGGAGAAGUAGCUUGCCAGAGCCCGGA